ACACACAUACACACCCACACACACAGAGACACACACACAGAGACACACACAGAGACACACACACAGAGAGACACACUCAGACAGACGCACACAGUUUAUUCUGCGCUGAUAGACACAGCCAGUGAGAUAUUGCUGCUCCCUCUCGGUGUCGGUUAGCCGGGCUGGCCAGUGCACCAGGAGACAGUUACAGAGGGACGGACACUGCCGGUUCCGGCCGGACUCAGUACAGGAACACUGCGGCCGGCAGACAGAGUGAUCGUGGGAAAGAGAAGGAGACAGGGAAGAGAGAGGGGGAAAGGCAAGGGGGAGAGAAAGUGAGAAAGACACAGGGGGUGGAGAGAAAAGGAGAAAGACAUGCGAGAGAGAGUGUGAGAAAGACUUAGGGGAGAGAGACAGAGAUAGAGUGAAAGACAGAGAGAAAGAUCCAGGAGAGUGGGAGACAGGCAGAGAGAGAGAGAGAAAAGCAGAGAGAUCGAGGGGGUAAAGAAGUGAGAGACGGAGAAAAUGAAGCAAGAGAGAAAGAGAGUAGGAGAGAGCGAGAGAAAGACCGAGAUGAACAAAGUCAGAGAGGGAGGGAGAGAGAGAGAGAGAGAGAGGGCGAGUGCAGAGAGAAAGAGCCAGCGUCUGGUUAUUAUCCAGUGCGGGGCAAAUUAGGGAAAGCCCCUCCAACCCCGCGGCCCCCCCCCCCCACCCCCCAUGCCUUGAGCACCCCGACCAGGCUGUAGUUGGCGGGGGGUGGGGGGUGCGGUGCGUGGAGGGUCCUUUCGAAGCUGUUCUCCCUCUUCCCUUCCUUUCCCCUCCCCUCUCCCUCCCCUGUCUCCCUCUCUCUCUCUCUGGGUCCAUUGUGGAACUCAAAUUGUUGUGAUUUGCAGCUGAUGCACAAGAGAUUGCGAGCGUGCCGGGACUUUCACAGUGAUCAGCUCGGAUGGGAGAGAAAAGCUUCUGGAUUUCCUGAUCCUGGGAGAGAGAGAGAGAGAGAGAGAGAGAGAGGUGUCCAUCUGUUUACUAGUAAAAGCUGACCUAAUCAGAAAGUAUGACGACUUGUCCCACUAUGGGAUAGACGGGGUAUCCAUGGCUAGUUAUGGAGACUCACACGCCUCUCGGAAUCUGGCUCACCAUCUGAACCACGGCCCCGGCAUCCACGCGCAACACUACCCGCCUGGAAGCGCUUCUCACCGGGUACCGUUACCUGGGAGUCUGGGCAAUAACAUCAACGACAGUCUGAAAAGAGAAAAGGAUGCGAUAUACGGGCAUCCUCUGUUUCCCUUACUUGCCUUGAUCUUUGAGAAGUGUGAACUUGCUACAUCUACUCCCAGGGACUGCGGGGUAGCCGGAGGAGAUGUGUGUUCGUCAGAUUCCUUCAAUGAAGACAUCGCAGUGUUCGCUAAACAGAUUCGAACAGAAAAACCUUUAUUUUCCUCCAACCCUGAGCUGGAUAAUUUGAUGAUCCAGGCCAUCCAAGUGCUGCGAUUUCAUCUGUUGGAGUUGGAAAAGGUCCACGAGUUAUGUGAUAACUUCUGCCACCGCUACAUCAGCUGCUUAAAGGGCAAGAUGCCCAUUGACCUGGUGAUAGAGGACCGUGACGGAGGCUCGAAGUCUGACCUAGAGGAUUUCACCGGCUCUUGUACCAGCCUCUCCGAUCAGAACCACUGGAAUCGUGACCAUGAUGACACGGGGUCAACUCACUCGGGCACACCUGGGCCCUCCAGUGGCGGUCUCGCCUCACACAGCGGAGACAACUGCAGUGAGCAAGGUGAUACAUUGGACAACAGCAUGGCAUCACCUGGCACUGGUGACGAUGACGACUUGGACAAGGACAAGCGACGUCAGAAGAAAAGGGGCAUUUUUCCCAAAGUGGCCACCAAUAUCAUGCGAGCCUGGCUGUUCCAGCACCUCACGCACCCGUACCCCUCGGAGGAACAGAAGAAACAGUUAGCACAGGACACAGGCCUCACCAUCUUACAGGUGAACAACUGGUUCAUUAACGCAAGACGUCGUAUUGUCCAGCCAAUGAUCGACCAAUCAAAUCGAACAGUUGGCCAGGGGACACCCUACAGCCCAGAUGGUCAGCCAAUGGGAGGGUUUGUAAUGGACGGCCAACAGCACAUGGGCAUUCGACCUCCAGGUUUGGCGGCAGUGCCAGGGGACUAUGUGCCACAGGGAGGCGCGAUGGGACUGGGUAUCCAACAGGCAGGGUACACCCCUCCACCGAUGGCACCCCACCCCACGCCGCUGCGACAUGGAGCCUCGGUGCACUCCUACGUCCCCGGACACUCCCACCACCCAGCCAUGAUGAUGCACAGCGGGGCCCCCCCUCUCCCUGCAAUGUCAUCGCCGAGCCCAUCCAUCCUGAAUCCCGGGGAGCCCAUCCUCAGUGGGCAAGCCAUGGACAUUCAUGCCCACUGAAGAGAAGAGAAGGCAUCAAGGCAUUGUACAAAACAGGAGAACUUCAACAGGGCUCCUUGCCCCUUGGCAAUCAAGGCACAUACUGGAAUUCAUGACUGUUGCGUGUGUGUGAGACACUGUUUGUUAACUUUUAUUGUAUUUCCUUUUCUGUGGAUUUGAAUGAGGACCAAUUCUGGAUCAUCCUAACUAAAAUACCAUGAGACUUUUAUAUAUAUAUAUAUAUCAAUGAGACACUGAGAGAAAACAAAAGGACGUUGCAACCAUUUUUGACAAUGAAGACUAAAUUAACUUGUACAAAUUCCGCUAUCCCUUCUUUCGUUUCCUGUAGAUUAUUUUCUGAUUUAAGGAGGCGGCAGAAUAUUUUCACACUGUGUGUGUGCGCGCUGUCCUCGGAGAUCUGGCUCAGUGCCUCGGGCCCCAAUGCCGGGCAAGGGUGUACAGGUCAUGAUAGG